AUGCUGAGGGCUACGAGCACGGUUCCGUAUGGCGAUGGCCCAGAAUAUUGGGACAUGCGCUACAAGGCUGACCCAGAGCCAUUUGAAUGGCUGCGCAGCUAUGCCGAACUGAGAAGUUGGAUCCAAGACGCGAGUGGGAACAACACCUCAGCGAGUAUCCUUCAUCUGGGAUGUGGAAACAGCCUCCUUCCUGAGGACAUGUAUGAUGAUGGCUACCACAACAUCAUCAAUGUUGACAACUCUGAAGUGGUCAUAUCUCAGAUGAUGGAACGAAACUUCAAAAGGCCUCAAAUGCUCUGGUUGCAGAUGGAUGCUCUGGACUUGUCAUUGCCUGACAAUGCCUUCGACCUUGUCCUUGACAAAAGCCUCAUCGACACCUUCGCUUGCUCUGAUGUUGAAAACAUCAUGAUCUACUUGAUGCAGGUAUCACGAGUUCUGCGAGAAAGCGGCGUUUUCCUGGUGAUAUCGUAUGGCACUCCCGACACGCGUUUGGAGUUCCUGACACUGAAGCACCUGAGAUUUGAGGUGCAGGUGGUGGACUUGCCUCCAAAUGAGACUAGCAAAGUGCACUAUUUGUACAUUUGCAAAAAAGUUGCCCCCCAGAAGAGGCAUUCCAAUGCUGCAGCAGCUCAGUGA